AUGCAAUGGUUUGAAUUAUCAUCAUCAUUAUUAAUUGUGAUCAUCAUUGUAUCAUCAUGUAUUGUUAAUGUUCAUUGUGGUGGUAGUAGUGGUGGUGGUCGUCGUAAUGGAUCUCGUCGUAAAGGUGGUGGUUCACGUCACAAUGGUGGUUUAAGAAACGGAAAUGGUGGCCAUGGAUCUUAUGCUGCUGCUAGUGAAUCUUAUAAUAAUAAUGGCGGUGGUGGUGGUGGUGGUGGAUUCAAUAAUCAAUAUGCAGGUGGUGGUGGUGAUCUUGGUAAAUUUAAUAAUCGAUAUGCAGGUGGUGGUAAUCAAAAUGGUGAUUUUUUUGAUGGACAAAUUCGUGAAAGUUUCAGCGGUUCUCGUGGUGGUGGUAUUAUUAAUGCCGCCGUUUUUUCCAAACAAACAUUCGAAACAAAACCAGUGGAAACACCAUUCGAACAGAUGGAACCACAAAUAAUCGAAAUUGAAGGUGGUGAUUUACCAAUCGAAAUUCAUUUUAAAUCAACAUCUAGUCGUGUUAAAGUUCGUCAAGAUCAUCAAUUAUCUGGUGUUAAUAUGCCUGAAUAUGAUCAAUAUGAAGAAGAACCACAUCGAUUGAUUACCGAGGUUCGAAAACCAAUUAUUCAGGAAGUUAGAGAGAUCAUUGCACCAUAUAGAAAAGUUAUUCAAGAAAUUGAGCCUGUUAUGGAAGAAAUUCAUACGGUAGUUUCACAAGGUCAAGGACGACGCGAUGGUGGUGGUGGUGGUGGUGGUGGUUAUAGUAAUGGGGGUAAUAUGAACGGUGGUAAUUACGGUGGUGGAAAUAUGGCUGAUGGCAAUUAUAACGGGCGAAAUACUGGUGGUGGUGGUGGUGGAAAUAUGUUCGCUGGUCAUAGCGGUGGUGGUAAUUACAAUGGAGGAAAUAUGGGUGGUGGUGGUGGUGAAAAUAUAGCUAGCUCACAUGGUGGUGGUGGUGGUAAUUACAAUGGAGGAAAUAUGGGUGGUGGUAGUAGUGGUGGAUUCGGUUUUCCAGGUUUUAAUGGCCAACAGCAGCAAAAAGUUUAUAAGAAAAAUAAAUGAAAAAAAACUCCAUCGUGAUUGAUCUUUUAUCAAAAAAAAAAAAAAAAAAAAUCAUUCAACCAGUUCCAUAUCAGAUUUAUCCAAAAACAAAAAUCCAAUUCUUCAAUUUCAAUAUUUCCAAAUGUUUGCCAUUUACAGCAACAACAACAACAACAACAACAACAAAAAUUUUAUUGUGAUUCAAAUCAUUGACAAAAAAAAAAUUUCGGGAAGCAUAGAAAUUAAGUAAAAAGUAUUACACAUUGAAUCUAACUUUAAACUGUGCCGUUACUUUUUGAACAAAAA